AUGGUGGGUGGGGUGGGGGGGGUGAAGGGUCGGGGUGGGAUGGGGGCGGGGGGGAGGGGUCCGGCGGAUCGGAGGGGUGGGGGGCUACAGGGGCAGGGAAAAGGGGGGGGGGGGGGAGGGAGCGGGGGGGGGGGGAGUGGAGUGGGUCGGGGUUGGGGCCGGGAGGGGUGGGGGGGGGGAGGGUGGCAUGUGGGAUGGGUGGCGAGGGUGGGCAGGGGGGCGGUGGGGUUGGGGGGGGGGUGGGGGGGGCUGGGGUCGGGUGGGGAAGCGGUGGAGGGGGGGCGGUGCUGGGGCGAAGCGCGGGAGGGGGUGCUGGUGCUGGUGGUAGAAGGGAGGAGCGGGAGGGCCGGGGGAGGGUUGGGCGGGGGGGGGGUGGGGAGAGCGGGGGGGGCGGGGGGGGGGGAGGGGGGGGAGGGAGGCGAGCGGAAUGGAGGAGGCGGGGGCAGGGGGCACGUGGCUGAUUGCGGGGGGAGGGGGUCGGGUGGGGGGGGGGGUGGUGGGGGUGGGGCGGGGGGCGAGGCGAGGGGCGGGGGAGGGGGGUGGGGGGUGGGUGAAUACAACCCCUCCUACACGGGGGGGGGGCCGGGCGGGAGAACGGGGGGGCGGCCUUGUGGGGGGGGGGGGGGAUGGGUGGGUGAGGGGGAAGGGGUGGGGGGGAAAGGGGCGGGGGGGGUAGGGGAGGGGGUGGGGGGUGGGGUGGGGGGGAAGAGCGGGCGGGGGAGGGGUGUGGGGGGGAGGGGGGCGGGCGUCGCGGGGGGGGGAGGGGAGGUGGGGCCGAACAGACAGGGGUAA